AUGGAAACCUUCACAGAAGAUGUUCAAGACAUGGAAAAGAAGAUGUAUCAAGACAUGGAAACCUUCACCGAAGAUGUAUCAAGACAUGGAAACCUUCACAGAAGAUGUAUCAAGACAUGGAAACCUUCACAGAAGAUACUGCAGUUUGACCAGGUGAAGUUUGCCCCCCCCCCUCGGCUCCUACGGCCCACACCCAGCCUCCAGUGUCCGUUGCCUCCCCCUCUCGGCUCCUACGGCCCACACCCAGCCUCCAGUCCUCCAGUGUCUGUUGCCCCCCUCGGCUCCUACGGCCCACACCCAGCCUCCAGUGUCCGUUGCCUCCCCCCCCCUAUCGGCUCCUACGGCCCACACCCAGCCUCCAGUGUCCGUUGCCCCCCCCUCUCGACUCCUACGGCCCACACCCAGCCUCCAGUGUCUGUUGCCCCCCCUCUCGACUCCUACGGCCCACACCCAGCCUCCAGUCCUCCAGUGUCCGUUGCCCCCCUCUCGGCUCCUACGGCCCACACCCAGCCUCCAGUGUCCGUUGCCCCCCCUCUCGCUCCUACGGCCCACACCCAGCCUCCAGUGUCCGUUGCCUCCCCCCCUCUCGGCUCCUACGGCCCACACCCAGCCUCCAGUGUCCGUUGCCCCCCCUCUCGACUCCUACGGCCCACACCCAGCCUCCAGUGUCUGUUGCCCCCCUCGGCUCCUACGGCCCACACCCAGCCUCCAGUGUCCGUUGCCUCCCCCCUCUCGGCUCCUACGGCCCACACCCAGCCUCCAGUGUCCGUUGCCCCCCCUCUCGACUCCUACGGCCCACACCCAGUCUCCAGUGUCUGUUGCCCCCCCCUCUCGACUCCUACGGCCCACACCCAGCCUCCAGUGUCCGUUGCCCCCCUCUCGGCUCAUACGGCCCACACCCAGCCUCCACCUCCAGUGUCUGUUGCCCCCCCUCUCGGCUCCUACGGCCCACAACCAGCCUCCAGCGUCCGUUGCCCCCCUCUCGGCUCCUUCGGCCCACACCCAGCCUCCACCUCCAGUGUCCGUUGCCCCCCUCUCGGCUCCUACGGCCCACACCCAGCCUCCAGUGUCCGUUGCCCCCCGGCUCCUUCGGCCCACACCCAGCCUCCAGUGUCCGUUGCCCCCCCCUCUCGGCUCAUACGGCCCACACCCAGCCUCCAGUGUCCGUUGCCCCCCUCUCGGCUCAUACGGCCCACACCCAGCCUCCACCUCCAGUGUCCGUUGCCUCCCCCUCUCGGCUCCUACGGCCCACACCCAGCCUCCAGUGUCCGUUGCCCCCCCCUCUCGGCUCUACGGCCCACACCCAGCCUCCAGUGUCCGUUGCCCCCUCUCGGCUCCUCGGCCCCACACCCAGCCUCCAGUCCUCCAGUGUCCGUUGCCCCCCCCUCUCGGCUCCUACGGCCCACACCCAGCCUCCAGUGUCCGUUGCCCCCCCCUCGCUCGCCCACACCCAGCUCCAGUGUCCGUUGGCCCACACCCAGCCUCCAGUGUCCGUUGCCCCCCUCUCGGCUCCUACGGCCCACACCCAGCCUCCAGUCCUCCAGUGUCCGUUGCCCCCCCUCCUCGGCCCACACCCAGCCUCCAGUGUCCGUUGCCCCCCUCUCGGCUCUGGGCACACCCACGGCCCACACCCAGCCUCCAGUGUCCGUUGCCCCCCCUCUCGGCUCCUACGGCCCACACCCAGCCUCCAGUGUCCGUUGCCCCCCUCUCGGCUCCCACGGCCCACACCCAGCCUCCAGUGUCCGUUGCCCCCCCUCUCGCUCCUACGGCCCACACCCAGCCUCCAGUGUCCGUUGCCCCCCCCUCUCGGCUCCUACGGCCCACACCCAGCCUCCACCUCCAGUGUCCGUUGCCCCCCUCUCGGCUCCUACGGCCCACAACCAGCCUCCAGUGUCCGUUGCCCCCUCUCGGCUCCCGGCCCACCCAGCCUCCAGUGUCCGUUGCCCCCCUCUCGGCUCCUCGGCAUUACACCCAGCCUCCAGUGUCCGUUGCCCCCCUCUCGCUCCUCGGCCCACACCCAGCCUCCAGUCCUCCAGUGUCCGUUGCCCCCCCUCUCGGCUCCUCCGGCCCACACCCAGCCUCCAGUGUCCGUUGCCCCCCCCCUCUCGGCUCCCUUCCGGCCCCACCCAGCCUCCAGUGUCCGUUGCCCCCCUCUCGGCUCCUCGGCCCACACCCAGCCUCCAGUCCUCCAGUGUCCGUUUGCCCCCUCUCGGCUCCUACGGCCCACAACCAGCCUCCAGCGUCCGUUGCCCCCCUCUCGGCUCCUUCGGCCCACACCCAGCCUCCAGUCCUCCAGUGUCCGUUGCCCCCCCUCUCGGCUCCUACGGCCCCACCCAGCCUCCAGUGUCCGUUGCCCCCGGCUCCUUCGGCCCACACCCAGCCUCCAGUGUCCGUUGCCCCCCUCUCGGCUCAUACGGCCCACACCCAGCCUCCAGUCCUCAGUGUCUGUUGCCCCCCUCUCGGCCCACACCCAGCCUCCAGUGUCCGUUGCCUCCCCCCCCUCUCGGCUCCUACGGCCACACCCAGCCUCCACCUCCAGUGUCCGUUGCCCCCCCUCUCGGCUCCUACGGCCCACACCCAGCCUCCAGUGUCCGUUGCCCCCGGCUCCUUCGGCCCACACCCAGCCUCCAGUGUCCGUUGCCCCCUCUCGCUCAUACGGCCCACCCAGCCUCCAGUGUCUGUUGCCCCCCUCCCCCUCUCGGCUCAUACGGCCACACCCAGCCUCCAGUGUCCGUUGCCCCCCUCUCGGCUCCUACGGCCCACAACCAGCCUCCAGCGUCCGUUGCCCCCCCUCUCGGCUCCUUCGGCCCACACCCAGCCUCCAGUGUCCGUUGCCCCCCUCUCGGCUCCCUACGGCCCACACCCAGCCUCCAGUCCUCCAGUGUCCGUUGCCCCCCUCUCGGCUCCUACGGCCCACACCCAGCCUCCAGUGUCCGUUGCCCCCGGCUCCUUCGGCCCACACCCAGCCUCCAGUGUCCGUUUGCCCCCCCCUCUCGCUCAUACGGCCCACACCCAGCCUCCAGUCCUCCAGUGUCCGUUGCCCCCCUCUCGGCUCCUCGGCCCACACCCAGCCUCAGUGUCCGUUGUCCCCCUCUCGGCUCCUACGGCCCACACCCAGCCUCCAGUCCUCCAGUGUCCGUUGCCCCCUCUCGCUCCUCGGCCCACACCCAGCCUCAGUGUCCGUUGCCCCCCCCUCUCGGCUCCUACGGCCCACACCCAGCCUCCAGUGUCCGUUGCCCCCUCUCGGCUCUACGGCCCACACCCAGCCUCCAGUGUCCGUUGCCCCCGGCUCCUUCGGCCCCACCCAGCCUCCAGUGUCCGUUGCCCCCCUCUCGGCUCAUCGGCCCCACCCAGCCUCCAGUGUCUGUUGCCCCCCUCCCCCCUCUCGGCUCAUCGGCCCACACCCAGCCUCCAUGUCCGUUGCCCCCCUCUCGGCUCCUACGGCCCACAACCAGCCUCCAGUGUCCGUUGCCCCCCUCUCGGCUGCUACGGCCCACCCAGCCUCCAGUGUCUGUUGCCCCCCUCUCGCUCCUACGGCCCACACCCAGCCUCCAGUGUCCGUUGCCCCCCUCUCGGCUCCUCGGCCCACACCCAGCCUCCAGUGUCCGUUUGCCCCCCCCUCUCGACUCCUACGGCCCACACCCAGCCUCCAGUGUCUGUUGCCCCCCCUCUCGCUCUCGGCCCACACCCAGCCUCCAGUGUCCGUUGCCUCCCCCCUUCGGCUCCUACGGCCCACACCCAGCCUCCAGUGUCCGUUGCCCCCCUCUCGGCUCCUCGGCCCACAACCAGCCUCCAGUGUCCGUUGCCCCCCCCUCUCGGCUCCUACGGCCCACACCCAGCCUCCAGUCCUCCAGUGUCUGUUGCCCCCCUCUCGGCUCCUCGGCCCACACCCAGCCUCCAGUGUCUGUUGCCCCCCCCUCUCGGCUCUCUCCUACGGCCCACACCCAGCCUCCAGUGUCCGUUGCCCCCCUCUCGGCUCCUUCGGCCCACACCCAGCCUCCAGUCCUCCAGUGUCCGUUGCCUCACCCCCCCUUCGGCUCCUACGGCCCACACCCAGCCUCCAGUGUCCGUUGCCCCCCUCUCGGCUCCUACGGCCCCAACCCAGCCUCCAGUGUCCGUUGCCCCCCUCUCGCUCCUACGGCCACACCCAGCCUCCAGUGUCUGUUGCCCCUCCCCCCUCUCGGCUCCUCGGCCCACACCCAGCCUCCAGUGUCUGUGCCCCCCCCUCUCGGCUCCUCGGCCCACACCCAGCCUCAGUCCUCCAGUGUCCGUUGCCCCCCUCUCGGCUCCUACGGCCCACACCCAGCCUCCAGUGUCCGUUGCCCCUCCCCCCUCGGCUCCUCGGCCCACACCCAGCCUCCAGUGUCCGUUGCCCCCUCUCGGCUCCUACGGCCCACACCCAGCCUCCAGUGUCCGUUGCCCCCCGGCUCCUUCGGCCACACCCAGCCUCCAGUGUCCGUUGCCCCCCUCUCGGCUCAUACGGCCCACACCCAGCCUCCAGUGUCUGUUGCCCCCCCCUCUCGGCUCAUACGGCCCACACCCAGCCUCAGUGUCCGUUGCCCCCCUCUCGGCUCCUACGGCCCACACCCAGCCUCCAGUCCUCCAGUGUCCGUUGCCCCCCUCUCGGCUCCUACGAUUUACAACCAGCCUCCAGUGUCCGUUGGCCCCCCUCUCGGCUCCUACGGCCCACCCAGCCUCCAGUCCUCCAGUGUCCGUUGCCCCCCUCUCGGCUCCUUGGCCCACACCCAGCCUCCAGUGUCCGUUGCCCCCCCCUCUCGGGCUCCCUCGGCCACGCCCAGCCUCCAGUGUCCGUUGCCCCCCCUCUCGGCUCCUCGGCCCACCCAGCCUCCAGUGUCGUUGCCCCCCCUCCUGGCUCCUACGGCCCACACCCAGCCUCAGUGUCCGUUGCCCCCCGGCUCCUUCGGCCCACCCAGCCUCCAGUGUCCGUCCCGUCCCAACAGUGUUCCACUGAGUGAUAUGCCUCUGAGCCCAGGACGGAAGAAACCUAUUUCUGUUGUCAGGACUCUGAGGUGCCACAAUGUUUUCAGGAACUUUACAUACUUGUCAAGUCAUCUGAGUGGGCAGUGUUGA